AUGAAGAGCCAAGGGUCUCCCUUACUAAUGCUGUCAAAGCCAAGUCGCGAGGCUACGCUUUCCGGGUUUAUCAUGGCGACUAAGACUACCCCCGGGAACUCACAAUUCAAGAAACCUCCUCUCUACGCUGCACGUGGGAGUCGACCGGAAGAGGGUACCGCAGUAAUGUUUACCAUAUCAUCGUCAGUCAGGCUCACGGAUAUCGUUGUUGCGCCAAAAUCCUAUACAGGAUCGAACCAUUGCCUUCUUCGAGAACGAUUUUCCUUCACACGAAAAGGAGAGUAA